AUGGAGUUGCCAGUAGUCAGCGAGACUAUUCAGCUGGCUGCAUACAGACCCAGAGCUCCUCAGAUAGUUGCCAAUGGCAAUGGGAAGGCAACACCUGGAGGGUUUGAUGAGUCUGGUUACUAUCAGUGUUAUGGUGAUGGGAGCAGUGUAGCAUCCCGUGUAUCUGAUGCUCUGGCUGGCUAUGACACUCUUGAUGCACCACCACACUAUGACUUCUACGCCAACACAGAGGUGUAUGGUCGACGGAGACGCUUCAGACCAUCUUUGUACCAGCUGCAUGCCAACCCUGAGGAUGACUCCAAACCUCCCAUGUAUGAAGAGACAACAGACGGACAGAUUGAAAAAGGAGACAGCUCUGAGGAAGAUGAGGAUGAGCAGAAGGAGCCACCACCUGAGCCUACUCGCUUUGGCUGGGUACAGGGAGUCAUGAUCCGUUGCAUGCUAAAUAUCUGGGGGGUGAUCCUGUACCUGAGAUUGCCUUGGAUUACUGCUCAAGCUGGUAUAGGUCUGACCUGGGCGAUUAUCUUAAUAUCCUCUUGUAUUACGGGCAUCACUGGUCUCUCUACUUCAGCCAUUGCUACCAACGGCAAAGUCAAAGGAGGUGGGACUUACUUCCUGAUCAGUCGCAGCUUGGGUCCAGAGCUGGGUGGAUCUAUUGGCCUUAUUUUUGCCUUUGCCAAUGCCGUAGCUGUGGCCAUGCACACCGUGGGCUUUGCUGAGACUGUCGCUGACCUUAUGCGUGAAAAUGGAGCUGUCAUGGUGGACCGCACCAACGACAUCCGCAUCAUCGGCAUCAUCACUGUCACAUGUCUACUAGGCAUCUCAAUGGCUGGCAUGGCAUGGGAAUCCAAGGCCCAGGUCCUGUUCUUUAUUGUCAUCAUGGUGUCGUUUGCCAGUUAUAUUGUUGGAACCAUCAUCCCUGCUACACCAGAGAAACAGUCAAAGGGUUUCUUUAGCUACAAAGCGGAUAUCUUUGCCACCAAUUUUGUGCCCGGCUGGCGGGGGCCCGACGGCAACUUCUUUGGCAUGUUCUCUAUUUUCUUCCCCUCGGCCACGGGCAUCCUGGCAGGAGCUAACAUCUCUGGAGAUUUAAGGAAUCCAGCAGUGGCCAUCCCCCGAGGAACACUGUUGGCUAUAUUCUGGACCACCACAUCCUAUAUCAUCAUCUCUGCUACCAUUGGAUCCUGUAUGGUACGGGAUGCAUCUGGCAACAUAAAUGACACUCUGUCUUCCCCAUCAUCCGGUGACAAUUGUGUUGAUAUAGCUUGUCAGCAUGGAUGGGACUUCAGUGCCUGUAUCAGAAAUGGCACAUGCACCUAUGGCCUCAGUAAUUACUAUCAGACACUGAGCAUGGUAUCAGCCUUUGCCCCUCUCAUUACUGCUGGUAUUUUUGGAGCAACACUGUCCUCUGCUUUGGCCUGCCUGGUGUCUGCUCCCAAAGUCUUCCAGUGUCUGUGUAAGGACAAACUCUACCCUGUGAUUGGCUUCUUUGGCAAAGGAUACGGCAAGAAUGAUGAACCACUCAGAGGCUACCUACUCACAUACCUCAUUGCUUCCUGCUUCGUUCUUAUUGCUGAGUUGAACACUAUUGCUCCCAUCAUCUCCAACUUCUUUCUGUGUUCCUACUGUCUCAUCAACUUCAGCUGCUUCCAUGCCUCAAUCACCAACUCACCAGGUUGGCGCCCGAGCUUCAGGUUCUACAGUAAGUGGCUGUCAUUGCUGUGUGCUGUGGUUUGCUUGGUAAUCAUGUUCCUGAUAACUUGGUGGGCAGCCCUCAUAGCCUUCGGUGUUGUCUUCUGCCUUUUGGGAUACACCCUAUACAAGAAGCCUGCUGUGAACUGGGGCUCAUCAGUACAGGCAAGCUCCUACAACAUGGCUCUGAACCACUGUGUAGGCCUCAACCGUGUGGAGGACCACGUGAAGAACUACAGACCACAGUGUUUGGUAUUAACAGGUCCCCCCAGCAGUCGCCCAGUUCUGGUGGAUCUUGUCAGCUGUUUCACCAAGAGUCUCAGUCUCAUGAUGUGCGCCAAUGUGGUCUCAGAGCCUUCUGGUCCCUCCCUGUCAGCAGUAGAGCAUGCCAGUAGUGAGAGUCAUGUUAAGUGGUUGAACCGACGGAACAUUAAGUCGUUCUACAGAGGAGUGUUGGCUCCAGAUCUACGAUUAGGUGUUAACAUGCUGCUACAGGGGGCAGGUUUGGGUCGUAUCAAGCCAAAUGUCCUGCUGUUGGGUUUCAAGAAAGACUGGUGCAGUGACCCUAAGGCUGCACACAACUACACUGGUAUACUGCAUGAUGCAUUUGACCUACAGUAUGGUGUGUGCCUGCUGAGAAUGAAGGAGGGACUGGAAGUCUCUCAGCCAUUACAAGCACAUGUCAAUCCAGCCUUUGAUGGAGGACGAGAGAGUGUAUGCACCAUCUCUGUCACUUCUCACACUCAAACAACUUCUCUCUCCACUGAUCCAGAGCCUCAGAUAAAUACAGUGUUUCAGAAAAAACAAGGAAAGAAGACUAUCGAUGUAUACUGGCUGUCUGACGAUGGAGGUCUGACCCUGCUGCUGCCCUACCUGCUGACUCGCAGGAAGCGCUGGGCCAGAUGUAAGGUCCGAGUGUUUGUGGGAGGAGAAACAGAGAAGAAGGAGCAGCAGAGAGAGGAGGUAUUGGCGCUGAUUAAUAAGUUCCGUCUUGGUUUCCAUGAUGUUGUAGUGCUUCCUGACAUCUACCAGAAUCCUCAGCCUAUGAAUGUUCAUCAGUUUGAGAACAUGGUGGGUCGCUUCAGGCUGAAUACAAACCCCAAGCAGGACACUGAUUCUGGGAUGCCAGGACAGCAGCAGGAGCCCUGGGUUAUCACUGAGCAUGAUUUAGAGAAGAACAAGGCCAAGUCUCUCCGUCAGAUCCGUCUAAAUGAGGUUCUGCAUGACUUCUCCAGAGAAGCUGCUCUGAUUGUUAUCACUAUGCCAGUGGGGAGGAGAGGGGUGUGUCCCAGUACUCUCUACCUGGCAUGGCUAGACUUCUUGUCACGUGAUCUGAGACCGCCUGUCCUACUGGUCAGAGGAAACCAAGAAAAUGUUCUCACCUUCUACUGCCAGUGAAAUGUCUCCAUGAGUCUACUGCAUAAAAAAAUGAAGCAAGCUAUUAACUUGACAUAUUUAUCUUGAUUUAUAUGUGACAAUGCCUGCAUGAUUAUCAAAUUCUGUAACUAAUGUGUGAUUGCUGUUGCAUUAGUCCUGUUAGUCCUAUUAUGCUGUUGUCCUUAAAUUCAAAAUCAUGAUGAUAUAGUGUACACAUUUUAGUACUGCUAAAAUGAAUCACUCUUAGAAACAGUUAUAUUUCAAGUUGAAGCUGUUAUCGAUUGUAAAGACAGGUAUUUAUCAAAAAUAUGAAAAAUGGGUUACUUUAGUUCACUAUGAUUAGUAUUAUUAACAUGCAUAUAAUAAUGAUAUGCUUGUAAGAACAAAGGACAGAUAACAGCUGGACCAUGUGCUAAAAUGUUAUAAAACAAAACCAUGUGUUUGUGUGGCACAGCAGAGGCAUUCUCUCAUCUAUCCCACUACACUUACUGUAUUUCAGCUCAAUGUUUAGUCAUUAAUCUGUAUACUGAUUCUGAGCAGUGCCC